AUGAAUCUUUUAGAAUUUACUAUAAAACGCAAGUUUAAAAUUUUAUUAUUAUACAUUUUAUUUUUUAUAUCCGCUGUAUUGUCUUUUAAUAGUUAUGAAAAUAUUUCAAAUCAAAACUCUAAAAUUUUUAAAAGAGAAAGUAAUGGUUCUUAUCUAUUAAAUCAAUCUAACCCAACUUUUAAUAGAUUUAAAAGCUUUAUUAAAUUUGGAAAUAAAAUCAAUUUAUGGUCUCGUAAUAUAAAUUUCAUUGUCGAUGUUGACAUCAAGCUUACCUACAUAAUGCAAGCAAUAAAUCUUAUCAAGUCAGAAACAUGUUUAAAAUUUAAUAUGAUAAAUAGUCAUUCAGUUAAAAAACAAGGAAUUUUUUUUAAACUUAGUAAUAGUUAUGAAAGUGAAUUAGGAAAACAAGCAAAUAAAAAAAUACAAGUUAUAUAUAUACAAAAAAUAAUAUAUAAUAUUGGAAAUAUUUUACGUGAACUUUUUCAUACUUUAGGUGUAGAAUAUGAAUAUCGACGUCCUGACAGAAAUAAAUAUAUUUUUAUACUAAAAAAAAGUUAUAAUAGCACUCAAUCUAAUCAAUUAAAUAUUAACUAUAAAUAUGCCACUGAAAUACAAUAUCCACCUUAUGAUUACGGUUCUCUCAUGCACGAUAAUUUUAAUCAUGAUGCAAAAAAUUCUUUAAAUAAAAUUUUAAUCCCAUUAAAUUAUCUUUAUUCCACUACAAUAGGCCAAAAUAUUUCACCAACAUUUCUUGAUAUCAAAAAAUUAAACUUUUUAUAUUGCUCCGAUAUUUGUAAGAAAAAAAGAAUAAAAAUAAUAUGUUUAAACGGAGGAUAUCAAGAUCCAAAAAUUUGUAGAAAAUGCAAAUGUGUUUAUGGGUUUUCUGGAAGACAUUGUGAGAAAAUGCAACGACAAAGAAGUAUAUGUGGAAAAACUACAUUUUUAGCAGAGUGGUAUACUAGCACAAUAGAAUUAAAAGGAAAAAUGAGUUGUAUUUUCUAUUUAGCUACAUAUGUUGGUCAUAAAAUUGGAAUUACAAUUGAUUAUGUUAACAUAGAACAAAAAUAUGUGCAUGUUUGUCAGCCUACAAAUUCUUUAGAAGUAAAAUAUGAAAUUGAUAAAUCAAACACAGGACCACGAUUUUGUUUUGUAAAUAAAAAAAUUACUUUUUUUUCAAAAGAUAAUUUAGUUCUUGUAUACUUUAACAAUGAAAAAGGUGUUGGAGGUUUUAAACUAAGUUUUAAAAGAAUUACAACUAAAAUAAAUACAUUGUCGCUAAAAAGGUAUAAUUUUGUUAAUAAAAAAAAAUAA